AGCAGCUGCAGCAGGACAGGGAGGCUCUGAGAAGCUGCCCGCUCACCACCCCGAACAUUGGAGCUUUUGGAGAGGAACCAUGCAGCUGACUCCCCUCGCACUCUUCCUGAUUGUGUUGCAUGUUUGUGGCAGAGCGGAGAGCAGAGCGGAGAGCAGAGUGAGGCUGCGGCGGCCGCAGGCCGGCGGCACAGAGGCCACGGCUCCCGCCCGUCCGGGACGCCUCCGCCUGGAUCUGAGACCAAACGCUCCUCACCUGGUCAUUCUGCCGGUAGCUGCAGCACCCGACAGCUGGGUGCUGAUCUUUGACUUGAGACGGAGACGCUUCCUGUGUGUUGCCAUAAACAGACAACUCUACAAGUCUAGACAGAAGGACAGAGGACACUGUCUCUUCCGACAUAUUUGGUUCAUGCGGGCUGAGCGCCAUGACCUGUUUUCCUCUGUGAGCAGGAGCUGGUUGGUCAAACUGGGGGUUGGCGGGCCAAGAGCGGUCCGUGGGGGGGCUCUGGACGGCUGGUCAGUGAAGAGGCAGAGGAGGAGCGAGGAGGUGAACCCGUCCGAUCCUCUGAGGAUAGAGUCCCAUCCGUCUCCUCCUGUGAAGGAUGUGGAGCCAAACCAGGCGGGCGCCGUUUCCAAGGAAACCAUCACUUCCUGUGACGACCCGCUGCGGGUGCUGAGGCCCAACGGACACGGCAGUCCCGUCAAGACAAACAUCGCAGAGCGAGCAGAGCAGGAGUGACGUCCUGCAGCUGCUGGUUCUCAGGAAGCAACAGGAAGAAAGUCUGACGCUGCAGAGCAACGGGCAACACGCAGAGACCAAGUGGGACCAGCUUCCUGUCCGUGGCGCCGGCCUGCUGCGCUCCAAUCAGACGCUAUCUGAAGUCUCAUCUGAUCACUGAGGCUCCAGCGCCUCUGUUUGAACAGCAGAUGAGGGAUCCUGCUGACCUUUAACCUCUUUUGUCUGUUAAAUUUUAAUCCUUGAGCCAGAUGAGGCAACACUUUCUUCACAUAUGUUCAAAAACUCUAAAUAUUCUCACUGAAAUGCUAAAAAGAGACAAGAAUGAUAGAACAGGAAAGAGAAAUGAUCCGGUGCUGGACACCAACAGUCUCAGCAAUGAAGAUAUUUAUUUAUUGAGAUGUGUAAAAUAACUUCUUUUAUUGUAAGCUGUUUUUUAUUUAUAUAUUUCUGAUAGAAAAUAAAAUGUAGAAAAAAUGCAUGAAACCAGAAAAGUUCUUCAGCUUCUUUAAUCAGACUAGGAAGACGAGUGGAUCGCUGUGGGAGUUUCACCUUUUCUACGUCUCCUCUCCUCCGUACGCCGUCCACCACUACAAAUAUUUCAGCUGCAUUGCUCCUGAAAAGUUGCAGAUAGUAGAGUUU